UCGCUGUCGACCGUUACUUCAGCCGCCAACUCGCCCGCUACGCCCGCUUCUCCGACUCGUCCUUCCCGCUUGCGCGGUCUUUCAUAUCUAAGAAGUUAUACCCACAACCACCUUCACUCGACUUCAAAUUCCACCAACGCCAAUCAAUCCAACAAUUCUUCGGCGACCCCGUCUCCAGCUCGUCCCUCUACACUCAGCCGAAGUACCAGUUCUCCUGCCCGUAGCGCACGCGAGACACCCCCGAGUCCCCCACUUCGUAGUGAUUCCACUGCCAACGGCUGGAUCCCUACUGUCGCCGGCCAGAGUGCCCUGUCCAGGCUUGCUACCCAACCUCAAUCUACUCAAUCCGAAUCGCCUACCCAAAACAUGACCCGUACAAGAGCUGCAACCGUCAACCAGGAUGCUCCUCCUGCCGCCGACAACAACCCCGCUCCGGCUACCACUGANCACCACCGACACUACCGAAUCUGCUACUACUGCCCCACCGCAAGCCACGACCACCGACAAAAAGAGGCCCCGACUAUCCGUUUUAUCCCUCACCAUGAGCCUCGUGCUUCGAGACCAUCCCUCACCUUUCCUAUCGUGACUCGCACAAUCGCCGCUGCUGGACAGCGAGUAAAGGUCGGCAGAUAUUCUGAAAGAGAUCAGGCUGUCGAUUCCCAAGCAAGUGCCAAAACGGCAGCUCCUGUUGGCUUCAAGAGCAAGGUCGUCAGUCGCAGGCAUUGCGAGCUCUGGUGCGACAAUGGUCAGUGGUUCAUCAAAGACGUUAAGAGUAGUUCCGGCACCUUCUUGAAUCAUGUGCGUCUGAGCAGUCCAGGCAUGGAGAGUCGUGCAUACCCCCUCAACGACGGUGAUAUUGUCCAGCUGGGUAUCGACUUUAAGGGUGGAGAAGAGGUCAUCUUCCGUUGUGUCAAGAUUCGUAUUGAGUGUAACAGAGGCUGGCAGAAGAGCUUGAAUCAGUUCAACACCGCAACACACAAGAAUAUUCUUAAACAAGCAAAGGUCAACAACGCUAAAGACAGCGACGCCCAAUCAACCCACAGCUCCGAGUGUUCGAUCUGCUUGAAUCCCGUGGCUCCAUGCCAGGCUCUUUUCGUCGCACCGUGCUCGCACGUUUGGCACUACAAGUGUGUUCGCACUCUCAUCUAUCCUAGCUGGCCGAGCUUCCAAUGCCCCAAUUGCCGUGCGUACGCCGAUCUGGAAGCCGAUGUCGAACCUCCGGAAGAAGAAUAUGAGAGCGGGGAUGUCGAGGUCGCCAUCCAAGCUUCAGCAAGUGCCCCACCGAAAUCCCCUGAACCGGAACCGCUUCCUGCUAUAGAGACUGGUGGUCUUGAAGAUGAAGAUUUGACUGCUAUGAUGAACAGUGUCUCCAUGGACUCGACCUCGCCAUCACAAAACCCUUCUGGCACAGACUCGAGCUCAGAUGGCGAAGCUGGGCCGUCACGAGGCUCAAUAUCACAGCCCGUACCCAUCAUUGCUUCGACCAACGCACCGAUCAACAGAAACUUGCCCGACUCGAUCAUGGCGCGGUCAGCCACUCCCACUUCUUCUGCACCNUUUGCUCUAGCUGCAGCUACCUUAGCACCCAUGACUGAUGGACAAAACACACCCAUGAAUGAUGCUGGUCCGUUUGUCUUUGAUAGCAACACGAGACGUGCUGCUGCGCAACGAAAUGUUGCAGAUAUAGCUCGCGAACCAGUCCAUGAGCAACCUGAGGAGCAUGCUGCAUCA